AUGGAGGCACCAAACUUACUUUUGCCGACAUCAGGCAAUCAUACUGGAUUCUUGGAGGCAGAGCUUCAGAAAGGUCGUGGUGCGAAAUCGACUAAAUGCUGGAUCUGCGUCUUCGUGUGCUUUACAAAUUCUACAGUACACCUCAAGACUGUCAGCAAUUACAACGCUGAUGACUUCAUCGCAUCAUCCAGACGCUUCUCAUCCAAAAGAGGCAUCCCACUCAGCCUGCAUUCAGACUGCGGCACAAGCCUCGUAGGCGCGGACUCAAUGUUGCAACACAUGUUCACUCAAUGCACUCAGGAACAUCAUGCCAUCUCAUUAGUGCCCACGAGCGACUACACCCAAUGGCAUUUUAAUUCUCCUGCUGCACCACACAUUAGUGUUAAGUGGGAAGCGGUGAUGAAGUCAAUCAAAUUUCACCUUCGACGCACGAUAGAUUUUGUACUCACGUUCGAGGAACUCACAACGUUGCUAUCACAAAUUGAAACAACAUUGAACUGA